AUGUAUGCAGGUUCUCUGUACAUGUGUAUAUAUAUAUAUAUAUAUAUAUAUAUAUAUAUAUAUGUAUGUAUGUAUGUAUGUAUGUAUGUAUAUACACACACACACACACACACACACGUGUAUCUGCAUGCUACCAUAUAUACAUGUCUCUGUAUGUGUAUAUAUUAUAUACACACAUAUAUAUAUAUACAUACAUAUACA